UGUGGCAUUAGGUUUAUCAGAUAGUUGCGCCGAUGAAUGCGACUGACAGAUGCAGUAAAUAGUGUGGGCGGAUAUUUAAUGAAUUGUCCCUUUCUCGCGUUUUUUUUUCGUCUUUGCGUCGCCGUAUGUGAUCUAUUUCAAAAAUCAAAUUUUACAGUUUUUUUUUUUUUUUAUAUGUAUAUACUCAUUAUAGAAUCAAACUUACAUAGAUAAGCGGCCUGUGGAUGCCGUCAAUCGAGAGAUUUGCCCUACGUUUAAGGUCAUUUUAAACAAUUACACGGAAGAUUAUGGAAGAUACUACAGAGGCACAAAAAUGGCAACAACAUUUGUGUUUAUUGCGAGAACAAUAUGUCAAUUUGUAUAAUGCAAAUGCAGAACUACAGCGUGAAUAUGCUAUUGCAACUGCAAAUAAACAAGAAAAUGGAUUUGUUGGCCGGCUUUUAACGACGGUAGCAUCUUUGUACAAUCAACAUAACUACAGUGACAUUACCAUUAAAUUGGCGGAUCAAGAAAUACCAGCUCAUAAAUUUGUACUGUCUGCUCGCAGUGACUUCUUUGGUGAUUCUAUUCUUGCUGGUACACCAGUAUUAGAUUGGAGCAGUCUAGAUACACAUGUAGGAUUAGUUUUAUUGAAAUGGAUUUACACAGGAAAGAUUUCCCAAGAAAAUUUAACAUUAGACUUAAUGAGGGCUGCUUCAUCUUUUCAAUUAUCAGAAUUGGUUGAGCAAUGUGAAAAGUAUUUGAUUGGCGUUGUCGGUCUUAAAGAUUGUGUUCGAUUGUAUGUAGCAGCCGAAGAAUUGGGCGUACAAAAGCUCAGAGAUCAUUGUAGUUCUUUGAUUUCUGCACAUUGGGAAGACCUAACGGGAGAUGAUUUCAAAGAGAUGCCUGGUUCUUUAUUAUAUAAAUUAUUACAAGCCAAAAGCACAUACCCUUUACAUUCGGCAGUUCGUUUAAUAAGGGAGGACGUUGUAUUUUUGUAUUUGGUUGAAAAUAAUGCAGAGCUUCCCAAAGCAGUUAAUGUAGUUGAUCAAAAAGGGGAAACAGCAUUGGAAGUAGCUCUGAAAGCACGUCAGCCCUCAUUAGCACGAACCUUGGUUGAACAUGGUGCAAAUCUUACGGCUAAAGAUUCACGAGGUCUUUCUUUACUUGAGAAUGCUAUUUUAAAAGGUGACUCGUAUUCUGCUCAGUUCAUCAUUGAACAAUUAGAGAACAAUGGAAGUACUCAGAAAUUAUGCGAGCCUAUUAGAUUUACUGAUAAUAUGAAAAAUCUGAAUGAUUACAAGGAAUUUGAAGGGUGCACUGCAUUGCAUUUAGUAACCAAACAUGACACUGAAAAUAUUGUAGCUGUUGCUUCUAAAUUACUUCAAGCUGGAAUAGAUCCCAAUUUACACGAUCAAAGAGGAUGGACUGCAUUACAUAGUUGUAUCUCUGAGAAAAACAAGCCAAUAUUUAAUUUAUUAGUUGCAUCCAAAAAUAUAAAUUUGGACGCUAGAACUAACAAAGACGAUACUCCAUUAUGUUUAGCAAUGAAGAUAGAUCCGUUCAAAUCAUUUUUUGCUAAGGAACUUUUACUCAGAGAAGCGACACCUAAUCCUGUUUAUAAGGAUACAGGUGAUACUCUUUUACAUGUUUUAAUCAGAGAAAAUAAAGAAGAAGCUGCCUUAUUCUUAACCGAAUAUUGCAAAGAUAGCUUAACAAAAACCAAUAAUGAUGGUUACACAAUUUUACAUGAGGCUUGCAAAAUAGGUUCUAAACAAUUAACAAAAGUCCUUUUGCAACAUGGCAUACCGACGGACAUGGUCACACUUACCACCGAAAAUGCGCCCAUACAUAUUGCAGUUUCACAUUUUUAUUUAGACAUUGUAGAAGAAUUAUUGAAUGCUAAAGGUGCAAAUUUACAAUUAAAUUUAAAGAACAAAGCAAAGGAAACGCCUUUAAGCUUAGCAAUAAAAGCUCCAUUUAAGAAGGGCAAAGAUAUUGUAUUAGCUUUGAUAAAAGCUGGAGCCAAUGUGAAUCAGCGCAACGAAGAAGGACUAACAUUGCUACAUCAAUCAAUAUUAAAGGAAGACUCAGCGACGGCAAUUUUUUUGUUAGAAAAUGAUGCAGAAAUGAAUGUAAAGACAGCUAAUGGUGAGACGCCGUUGCAACUUUGCGUGCACUGCAGACUUAGCGAGGUGGUUGAAGCCCUUUGUAGGCGGGGAGUAGAUACGUCAGUAGGAUGCCCAUUAUGGGAUGCAUUGGAUUCGGAUCAAGAAGAUACUGCUUCUAUUUUAGUUAAACAUGGAGCAGAUGCCGAUUGCUGGGGUCCUGGGCCGGAUGGAUGUUUACAAACUUUAUUACACAGGGCAAUCGAUGAAAAUAAAGAAGACAUUGCACAAUUUCUCAUAAGAAGUGGCUGCGAUUUGAACGCUCCCAGGCGUCCAGGACCAAAUGGCGCCGGAGGAGAUGAGGCAAAGGAUGAAUGUACUCCGUUGCAUUUGUGUUGCCAAUGGGGUCUUGAACAAGUUGUUCAGACUCUUAUCGAGCAUGGAGCCGAUGUGAAUGCUCGUGACGCAGAAGGAAAAACUCCUGUUCAUGUAGCGAUACAAAAUCAGCAUUCACAAAUAAUAUCAUUGCUAUUGUGUCAUCCUAAUAUAGAUUUAAAUAAGAGAGAUAAAAAAGGAUUAACGCCAUUCGCGGCAGCUUUAACUGUUCGUAACAAUAAAGCGGCACAGGCAAUACUAGAAAGAUUACCAAAAGCUGCAGAACAAUAUGAUAAUAAAGGAAGAAACUUUUUACACACUGCUAUACAAAAAGGAGAUAUGGAAAGCAUUUUGUUUUUACUUUCUAUACAGGUAGAUGUAAAUUCUAGAGUACACGAUGUUACACAAACGCCACCACUCCAUCUUGCUGCCAUUUCUGGAAAUGAAAUGUUGGUGCGAAGUUUGAUUUUAGCUGAAGCACGUGUUAAUGAUACAGAUGCAAAUAGAAAUACAGCACUACACGCUGCGGCAAAAGCUGGACACGCUACAGUUGUGUCUGCGCUAUUGCACAACAAUAUUAAUUUUGAUGCAGUAAAUGCAGAUGGCGAUAAUGCAUUACACGUGGCCGUUAGAGAAGGUCAUGUUUCAGUUGUAAGAACAUUAUUAACAGAAUGUACUUUGGAUGCGGAAGCAGUAAAUCUUAAAGGUAGAAAUCCUUUGCACGAAUUAGCUAGAUGCGGAAGAGAUAAUGCUGCAACUAUAUGCGAACUCUUUUUAGAGUGUAUGUCACAAUAUCCGGUCAAUAACGCUGAUUUAGAUGGAAAUACACCGCUAUUGAUUGCCUAUAUGAAAGGUAAUGGUAAUUUAUGUCGAACAUUAGUACGCUCUGGGGCUUGUCUCGGUUCAAUGAACAAGGAUGGUAUCACAAUUUUUAAUUAUCAAGUUGCAACAAAGCAAUUGUUAUACAGAUUAUUAGAUUCUUUAACGCAAGAAGCACCAUGGGCGGAUAAAGAUCUAUGUUUGGAGUGUGGCACAAAGUUUUCUAUAACUAUGCGUAAACAUCAUUGUCGGCACUGCGGUAGAAUCCUAUGUAGUAAAUGUUCGGGUCAAGAUGUUCCCAUUUUGAAAUUUGGGUUAAAUAAGCCUGUACGUGUAUGUGCAGUAUGCUUUGAUGUAUUGCAAAUAGGAGCAGAAUGAGUAAGGAUCAUAAUAAAUCAAAAUUAACAUAAAAAGGAACCAAGUGUCAUUCCAUCUGCCUUUAAAAGUACAGAUGUUAAACUAAAAGUCUGUGUAAUUCUAUGUCAUUAAUAAUAUCUACUUUUUAUUGUACUACUUUAUUAAUAGUAAAAAUUUGUUAAAACAAUUUCCAAAUUAUAAAUACAAAACAGAAAAAUAAUUAUUUCAUUAUGACAUAAAUCA